AUGAACCAGACGGUGCGGAUCGUGCUGUAUGUGUUCAUCUUCCUCCUGAGCUUCAUAGGAAACAGCCUGAUCAUCACGGUGCUGGUGCGGAACCGGCGCAUGCGGACGGUCACGAACCUGUUCCUGCUGUCUCUGGCCGUCAGUGAUCUGAUGCUGUGUGUCUUCUGCAUGCCCUUCACACUCAUCCCAAACCUCAUGAAGAACUUCAUCUUCGGCACCGGCAUGUGUAAAGUGGCCACGUACUUCAUGGGUAUUUCGGUGAGUGUAUCGACAUUCAACCUCGUGGCCAUCUCUCUGGAGCGCUACAGUGCCAUCUGCAACCCCUUUAAGUCCCGCACAUGGCAGACGAAGUCCCAUGCAGCAAAAGUCAUCACAGCCACUUGGGUCGUGUCUUCUCUGCUCAUGCUGCCUUAUCCGAUAGGCAGCACCCUGGUGCCUUUCAUGCGCAGCAACAACAGCACAGGCAACAUGUGCCGCUUGGUUUGGUCCAGUGAUGUCAUGCAGACCUGGUAUGUUUUCCUGUUGCUGAUACUCUUUCUCGUGCCUGGGAUCAUAAUGAUGACGGCGUAUGGCCUCACCUCACUCGAACUCUACAGGGGAAUCACAUUUGAAAUGGCUAACAGGAAGUCAAACAAAGAGAAAGAAUAUGGCACAUCCAAUCUGAAAAAUGGUGACGGCGAUGGCUGCUACCUCAAACCCUCCAAGAGAAAGCGUCCCGAACCUGUGACGCCGGGCUUCAGCAACCCCAAAUCCAAACUGAGAAGGGUUUGCAGCAACAGCCCUACAGCAAACCUCAUGGCCAAGAAACGGGUCAUCCGCAUGCUGCUGGUGAUCAUGGGGCUGUUCUUCCUCUGCUGGACGCCGAUCUUCGUGGUUAACGCCUGGCGAGCCUUUGACAGACGUUCAGCCGAUCGUCUCCUCUCAGGAGCGCCGAUAUCCUUCAUCCACUUGCUGUCCUACACCUCUGCCUGCGUCAACCCCAUAGUCUACUGUUUUAUGAACAAACGCUUCAGACAGGGCGUGCUGGCGACGUUCAGCUGCUGUAGGGAUGAUGUGGAUGAAGUGAGCAGGAGCAGCACCCGGCGUAGCACCAGAGGAGCUGGAGGGAUGGGAACGCGGACAGGCGGACAGGCUGACGGUAACACACGAAGCUCAGGAACAAUUACACGGCUUACUGACACCAGUAUCCGUGGCUCAGCACAAGCAUAACUGACACUCAUUUAACCCUGACUUUUUCAGUAUAAGUAAAGUGUAUAGAACAGUGUCAAAAUCAUUCAAAGCUUUGCAAUGUUUAGUAAAAUGGAUGCUAACGGAAGAGAGAGACUCGUACUGGUGAUAAAUGAGAGCACACGCAUGCAGACAAUGACUGCACUGAAAUGCUGAUAGA